UAACCUCACCAUGUCUGCCUUCCAUAUGCAUAUUCUCAUCAUCUACACCUUACUCCUCUACCUCUCUACCUCUCUAUCGUUCUUCGACGAUUCUAUCCUCCAUCCUACAACUCUCUCUGUCUCUCAAAUCUCAAAAAGCGUUCGCAAUCUGCACUUCAAAUCAAUACUUCCAAGCAUCGAUUACAGCAUUGUAUAAUACUAAUACUUAAAACCAUUGCAGCAUACCCAAAAAAAACAUAUAAGUAUUAAGCAGUCAUGGCCAGCCCUGCAGUCUUGACCCCGGUCAAGAGCCGCUCAUCAGUCUUCUCCACCCGUACCGCUGGCGGUCGGAUGCCAUUGACUCCUUCUCCUCGUACCCCUCGUACUCAGACUCCCGAUGUGCCUGGUGCACAUGAGUCCAUCCAUGGUGGAAACUUCCUGUCCCGUCUUCAGCGUUCUGUCUCCAAGACCAACCGUGAAUCACCAAAGUCGAACAUUGCUCGUACUAGCACACCGCGACGACUAGAACUCGGUGUCUCAGACUGGACGCUCACUGGAUCUGUUACCGCCGCCACUUCAACAACAACAAAGACACCUGCCAAGUCAAAGAAGGAUGUUUCCUUCCGUGCCCGCCCCACUAAGACCCGAAUUGCCUACAAUGCCGCCGACCGAUUUAUUCCCAACCGUACUGCAAGCGAUGCCAUUUGCAAAGUUGGCACUGGCAAACUCGAUCUUAACCAGCGUCCCAAGUCUAGCUCAGCCCCAACUGAGGGUUCCAGUGUACUUGCCAACGCUGCUAGCGCAUACGAUGUCGGAGGCCGUGGUUCAGAGGAGGAUGUCACACUUUCUCUGGAAGGCCUCAACCUUGAUGACGACGAAGAGGAUGGCAAGUCCCAAACCAAGCCUGGCCCUGACACAGUCGCCUACCAGUCGUCGUUGGCUUCAGCAUGCGGCGUUAAUCUGAACACCCGCAUUCUCGCCUUCAAGCCUGCUGCCCCCGAAUCAUCUAAGCCUAUUGACCUCCGAUCACAAUACAACCGUCCCCUCAAGCCUGCUGCCAGUCUUAACGCACAGAACCGCCGUCGCAUUCCAUCCGCACCCGAGCGUGUCCUUGAUGCCCCCGGUCUUGUGGACGACUACUAUCUUAACCUCCUCGACUGGUCAUCUGGCAACCAAGUCGCCAUCGGACUCGAGCGCUCCGUUUACGUCUGGUCUGCUGAGUCUGGCUCAGUCUCCUCUCUCCUCGAGUGCCCAAGUGACACCUACAUCUCCUCCGUCAAGUGGUCCGGUGACGGUGCCUACGUUGGUGUCGGCCUCGGCAGCGGCGAGGUCCAGAUCUGGGACGUCGAGGAGGGCACCAAGCUCCGAAGCAUGUACGGACACGAGACUCGUGUCGGUGUCAUGGGCUGGAACAAGCACAUUCUCUCCACUGGCGCCCGUUCUGGUCUCAUCUUCAACCAUGACGUUCGCAUCGCCCAGCACAAGACUGCUGAGCUUGUCUCUCACACUGGUGAGGUUUGCGGUCUUGAGUGGCGCGCCGACGGCGCCCAAUUGGCAACCGGAGGAAACGACAACCUUGUUAACAUUUGGGAUGCCCGCUCCCUCUCUGCUCCCAAGUUCACCAAGACCAACCACCGCGCUGCCGUCAAGGCCGUCGCCUGGUGCCCCUGGCAAUCCAACCUCCUCGCAACUGGUGGUGGCUCCAACGACCGCCAGAUCUACUUCUGGAACACUACUACCGGCUCCCGCAUCAACCACAUCCCCACCGACUCCCAGGUUACCAGCCUCCGCUGGAGCACCCACUACAAGGAGAUCGUCAGCAGCGGUGGAUUCCCCGACAACAGCCUCAGCAUCUGGAGCUACCCAACUGGUGUCAAGAACAUGGAGGUCCCUGCUCACGAGUCUCGUGUUCUCCACAGCUGCUUGAGCCCCGACGGUCAGAUGCUUGCUACCGCUGCCGCUGAUGAGUCUCUCAAGUUCUGGAAGAUCUUCGAGAAGAAGCCUGGACAGCCAUCCAUCGCAGCUGCUGGCUCUGUGGCCACCAAGCCCAGUGCCGUCAAGCAGAUGUCGAUCCGCUAAGCUUCUCUCAACAAAAGGGGCAGGAUGCUUUCAAGCAUAUCCCCCAUCUUUGUUCUGCACAGUCACGAUGAUCCAGUCGUGUCACUGGUGCGGAGCAACGAAUAACCAACAAUAACAAUAUCACGGCUUGCGCAAUGGAGCCAAUUAUCCGACUCUACGCGCAACGGUAA